AUGUGCUAUCACGUCUCCAUCGAUGGCUGUAACAUCUUGCUCGAUUGUGGAUGGAAUGACAAAUUUGAUGUGGACAUGCUCAAGCCGCUGGCGGCGAUCGCGCCGAAGGUUGACGCGGUUUUGAUUUCGCAUCCAGACACGGCGCACUUGGGCGCGUUGCCCUACGCGUUUGGAAAGUUGGGAAUGAAUUGCAAGGUUUACGCGACGCUGCCGGUGCACAAGAUGGGACAGAUGUACAUGUAUGAUCACUUUUUGACGAGGCAAGAUCAGGGGGAUUUUCAGGAGGUGUUUUCGCUCGACGACGUCGACACGGCUUUCGCGGCGUUUGUGCCCGUCAAGUACAUGCAAUUGUCGAUGCUGCGCGGGAAGGGUGAUGGAAUCUCGGUCAUGGCUUACGCCGCUGGCCACACGCUUGGUGGUGCGGUGUGGAAGAUAGGAAAAGAUGCUGAAGACGUGGUGUACGCCGUAGAUUACAACGUGCGGAAGGAGAGACACCUGAACGGCACAUCUUUCGACGCCAUUCACAGACCUGCGCUUCUCAUCACUGACGCGAGUAGUGUCGACCGCGAAGUGCCGAACAAGACUACUCGAGACGCCAAGCUGAUUGAUUCGAUAUUGUCUAGCUUGCGCAUGAACGGUAACGUGCUCAUUCCGAUCGAUCCCGCUGGGCGCGUGCUCGAGUUGAUUUUGUUGCUAGAAGAGAAGUGGGCGCAGCGUCAAUUGGGAUCGUACCAAAUCGUGCUUUUGACCAACGUGGCGUAUAACACGCUCGAUUUCGCGAAAUCACAUUUAGAAUGGAUGGGGGAUCACGUGACAAACGCAUUCGAGCGUAGACGCGAGAACCCAUUUAACACAAAGUUUCUCACGCUGUGCCACUCGAUGGAGGAGUUGCAGGCGUUACCGCCGGGGCCUAAAGUCGUCCUCGCGUCGUUCGGAAGCUUGGAGGCGGGACCAUCGAGACAUUUGUUCGCUGAAUGGGCUGAAGAUAAGAGCAACUUGGUGAUUCUCACCGGUCAACCGGAGCAUGGUUCGCUCACUGAGCAAGUCGUGCAGCUCAGCGCGAAGGCCACGGCGAAGAAAAAGAUCAAGCUCACGUUAUCGCGCCGCAUCCCUUUGGAAGGAUCAGAGCUAGCGGAGCACGAGAGUAGUCGCAAAUCGAGUACAAGUACUGAGCUGGAGAAGAAGGAGAGCGAGACUGAAGCCGAUUUACGACGGCGCGAUACCUUGACGGAGGGAUUCACACCGAUUUCCACGCCACAUGGUCCCAUGUUUCCUGAUGAAGUGUGGGAGCCGACGAUGACGGAUUAUGGUCAAGAGAUAGACAUCGAAACGUUUCAUCAAAUUUCACAAAUGUCGAGCGGGAUACCUAUUCCAGAACCGAUGAAGGAGACAACUGUAGUCGACGACCUUGAUGUCGCAAACAUCGAAGAAGACGAAGAAGAAGAGCCUCAAGAGGUUCCUACGAAACUCGUCACCGAGACUCGUGAAAUUAACAUCCGUGCGACAAUCAUAACUGUUGACUUUGAAGGAAAGGCAGACGGCAAGAGCGUCCGCACUCUCAUCACGCAAGCUGCGCCGAGACGGGUAGUUUUAGUUCAUGGUGAUGCGAAGGAGACUAAAACGCUCAAAGAUGCGCUCACUGCGGGAUUACCCGGUGUGCAGAUCGAUGCUCCUGAUGCGGGUAAGACGAUUGAGUGCACUUCGGCUUCGGCAACGUACAAGAUUCGCGUCUCAGACGCGCUCUUUCAAAAGGCAAACAUGCGAGACAUGGCGGGUUACAAAGUUGGCUGGGUCAACGGUGUCGUUGGCAAAGCCUUGGAAGAGGGUGGUGCUCCAAUGUUGCUGCCUGUCUCUGCCUUGAACUCGAACGCUGAUGGCAUGGCGCUCGCGCCGUCAAACGCCACGAUGACAAAGGUGUCUGCGCAGCCCGGUUCCGUAUUUUUGGGCGAUUUGCGUCUUUCUGAUUUCCGUCAGGCGCUAGCUCAAGAAGGCAUCAUCGCCGAAUUCGCCGAUGGUGUGCUGGUGUGUGCCAACGGUCGUGUCACGGUUAGAAAGGACGGUGAUGAAAAGCUCGUCGUCGAGGGCGCGUUAUCCCAAGACUAUUUCGAGGUUCGACAGAUCCUUUACUCGCAGUACAGCAUCCUCUAA